CCUGGGUAGGCGGUAGUGGUAAAACUGCCGAAGUGUCGAAGCCCGCCAGAAAGUAAAGUAAAAUCUAACCACAAUCUAACCUCAAACAUGUAAGUAUGUUUUUACUUUCCCUCUUUUCAAUUUUAAUUGAAUGUUUGUAAUAAGCGAUUUAAGUUAGUCAAGUUUAUAAUAAUAUUGUAAUAAUAAUUUCAAGACCAUGCCUAAAAGAAAGCGUUCAUCAAAUUUUUAUAGAAAACUGAAUUGCCAAACUGAAACAGAUAUGAUGCUUAUGCAGAAAUGUGAUGAAAACAGUGAAUCCGAACAAUCUUCUUAUCAUUCAAAUGAAUUAGAACCUUUAGUUGUAGAAUAUCCUAAAAUUGACGAUCCGCCUACUAGUGAUGGUGCCUUUAAAAUAGUCGAUGAGUGUGUAAAAUAUGUAAAUUAUGAAAUAAGAGAAGAAUUCGUGAGUGAUAGGGCCAUUCAUUUAGAUGAAGUUAUACAUUCAAAUCUGGAAAGUAAUUCAUUACAAUCUAAUUUUAAGUUAGAGCUGAAAUUAUGGGCCGUCGAACACAGAAUUACACAUUCAGCAGUUAAUGGAUUACUGCAUUUGAUAAAAACUACAAUUCCGGUUGAUUUAGAUUUACCUUCUGAUUCUAGAAGUAUAUUUUCAACACCUCGGUCACAUACAGUUAGGACAGUUAAACCUGGAUUAUACUCGCAUAUUGGUCUACUUAAGACUCUUGACCUGUUGUGUGUAGGUCAAUUAAACCUAACUAAAAUUCAGUUGCUGGUCAACAUAGAUGGAUUACCAAUUAGUAAAAGCUCAGGUAGUCAAAUAUACCCCAUAUUGUGUGCAUUAGAUGUAUUUCCGCAUAAAGUAGCUGCUGCUGGGAUAUAUCAUGGAAAUGAAAAACCUGCCUGUGCUAAUGAUUUUUUGAAAGAUUUUAUAGAAGAUGUUAUUGAAAUAACUAACAAUGGAUAUUUGAAUAAUGGCAAAUAUAUUGCAUUUAACAUUAAAGGAAUAAUUUGUGAUGUCCCUGCAAAAUCCUUCGUAACAUAUACCAAGGGACAUACAGGCUUUUAUUCUUGUUCAAAGUGUUUACAAAAAGGGAAUUACAGAAAAGGAAGAAUGUGUUUUCCAUUUAUUGAUUCUGGAAAAAGAACUGAUAAACAUUUUAGGGACAAAAAACAAAAAAAACAUCAUACCGGCACCUCAGUAUUAGAGAAAAUCCCAAAGUUUGAUUUAAUUGUUAAUGUACCCUUAGAUUAUAUGCAUUUAGUUUGUUUGGGUGUUAUGAAAAAACUAAUUGUAUCAUUGUGGGUGUAUGGCAAACCACCUAAUAAAUUGAAACCAGAUAUAAUUAAAAAUAUUUCACAAUUACAUGAAUCAUUUAAAAAUUACACGCCUUCUGAAUUUGCUAGAAAACCACGAUUUUUAGAUGAGGUUAAAAGAUGGAAGGCUACUGAAUUUAGAUUUUUUCUUUUAUAUUCAGGUCCAGUUGUUUUGAAAAAAUUUUUGUCUGAGGAAAAAUAUUUAAAUUUUUUGUGUUUACAUAUUGCCAUAAGAAUUUUUGUUUCUAAUAAUUUAAAUCAGCUUCACAAUAUGCUUUUGGAAUAUUUUGUGCAGAAUUUUGGUGAUAUCUAUGGACAACAUUAUAUAUCACAUAAUGUUCAUGGAUUAAUCCAUAUUAAUGAAGAUAUUCAGUUUUUUGGUAACUUAGACUCUUAUAGUUGUUUUCCUUUUGAAAAUUAUCUACAGUCAAUGAAAAAAAUGGUUAGAAAGCCUGAAAAGCCUCUUGCUCAAAUAAUAAGGCGAUUAAGUGAAAAGGAAACUGCUCAGGUAGAUGUAAAAUUAAAAUCAUCAGAUACUUUUACAUGUAAACAUGAGCACUCAGAUGGUCCUACUCUAGGUUUAAAUUUAACGAAGGAAUACAGUGAUCUGGCUAAAGCCCGAAUGAAGGCUUUACAGGCUGAAACAACUUCAGAUAUAAAUUCAGAAAUUGACGACAGUAAAAAAAAUAGAAUUCGGCAAAAAAAUAGAUUUUUACAAUCCUCGUCAUCAUCAUCAUCCGAUUGUGAAAGUGAGGAAGUUGCAAAGGUCUGCCCAAAAUUACCGAAUUUAAAUAUAGCUAAGAUGGGAAGAGCUACUGAUUUUAUUGUAGAAGUAGAUGCAGUAAAUGAAGUACCUAAAGAAGAGCAGUCCCAAAACAAACAUUUUUAUGGUACGCCAAAAAACAAUAUAACAAAAAAUGACACUACGAUGGUACAUUCUGACCAAAAUUUUCAAAGGCAUGUCAUACGGCAACUUAACAUGUUGUCUUUAAAGAUGGACCAACUAUCAGCAGAUGUUGCAAACUUACAGUUUCAAACUUUGCAAGAAACUGUAGGACAAGAGGUGGAAGAGUCCAUUUUAACUCAGUUUCAACUGCCCCUGCAAACAGUUGAUGAGUUGAUGGAGUUAGAUAAUGUUUUGCAGGAUGCAGAUAAGUGCAAUAAAAUGAUCAAAGAACUUGCGGUUGUUGGUGGCUCUAAUUACAAGUUAAUGGUGAAAAGAGUAAUGGCCAAAAUAAUAGCCAAUGAGUUGGCAACUAAAUAUAGUUGGAUUGGCUUCAAACAAAAGAAAAAUUUUUCAAUUUUAAAAAUAGCCGAUGUAAUAAUUGGUGCUGUACGAAAGGUUAAUAAAAAUAGUGCAUGUACCAAUGAUGAUAUAGAAAAUGCUGUCAAGCAAUGGCUUGUAAAAGCAACAGAAAGAUUAAAAAACAACGAAUCUCAUGAAAUUCAAGAAGUUGCUAAUAUCCUCCCGAAUAACUUUACUUAUGUCUCCCAUGAGGCAAACACUGAUAUACCUCCAAAUAUUCAGACAAAUAUUGUCCCUGAUAACAUAGCUAAUGCCGAUGAGCUGAAUACUGACACACAAUCAAAUAGUAUUAUAAUUGAAGCUCCCAUUAAAAAAAGUAUUGCUGCUAAUCUUCAGGAUACAUUGGUUGCAGGCAACGAAUCUUAUUCCAUUCAAAAGGUUGCUAAUGUCAUCCACAAACAAAUAAAUACCCACAUUAUUGAAACUCCUAUAAAGACAAGUAAUGUUGAUCUUCAAGAGACAGUGGUUGCAGGAAACAAUUCUCCUGAGGUUCAAGGGUUUUCCAAAGGCAUUCCUAAUAACAAUAUCAGUAGUGUUGCCGUUGAGGCCAGUACUAAAAUAUUACAAAAUAAUAAUACACAUAAUGAAAGUCGUAGGCGUUCAACAUCAUCAUCAUCAUCGAGCAGCUCAUCAUCCAGUUCGUCAUCCAGUUCGAAGUCCGUAUCUAUGUCAGAUCCUUUUGGCAGCGAUGAUAGCGUAGGUGAUCCUACAUACCAAUUAAGAGUUGAAAAAACCGCUAAAAAAAGAAAAUUGAAUCCUGAACUAUGGAAAAAGAAAGUAAGCAAAAAGUUAAGAAAUACAGGUGAAAGCUACAGUUAUUUAAGUGUUAUAAGAAAAGAAGAUGGUACUAAAGAAAAAAUUAAAAAACAACGCCCAGCAAGAUCACUUAAACCCCCAUGUAAUAAUAAAUGUAAGCUGAAGUGUUUUGAAAAAAUAUCUGAAAAUAAAAGGGUGAAAAUAUUUGAAGAUUACUGGAAGUUGCAGAGUAUUGAACAAAAAAGAGAGUUUAUUUCUUCAAACAUGCAAACAAUUACGCAAAAAUAUAAAUACAGUAAUGUAGAAAAACCACGGAAACCAAAUAAUGCAUACUAUUUUAUUAUAGAUAACAGAAAUGUAAGAGUGUGUAAAAAAUUUUUCAUCUCAACGCUUGAUAUCAAUAAUAAAGUGAUUGAAACUGUGAUCAAGAAACAAAAACACUGUGACAGUGGAAUUGUAUUAGAAGCUGAUAAACGUGGAAAGCAUGAAAACCAAUACAAAGUUGAUGAAAAUAUAAAAAACGAUAUAAGAGAUCACAUACAGUCCAUACCUCGCAUUGACAGUCAUUACUGCCGUUCUCAUACAAAAAAGGAGUAUAUAGAGGGAAGUAGAACAAUAGAUCUACAUCGCGACUACAAGAAAAUAUGUGAAGCACAAAAGAAACCAGCUGCAAACUAUUUAAUGUACUGCAAGAUCUUUAAUGAGGAGUUUAAUAUUGCAUUCCAUUUACCAAAAAAAGACCAGUGCGAAUUGUGUUUGCAAUACAGCAAUGGCACAGAAGAAGAGAAAAAAGCUAUGCAGGAAAAAUAUGAAACACACAUAAGCGAAAAGGAUUUAAGCAGGAUAGAAAAAGACGCAGAUAAAAAUAAUGAAGAUCCAUUUACAAAAGUUGUAGUGUAUGACAUGCAAGCAAUAUUACCAUGUCCUGUAGGGGUAGCAUCCUGCUUUUAUUAUGUUUACAAACUAAAUGUUUUCAACUUUACUUUGUAUGACAUAAAGAGUAAAGAAGGAACUUGUUAUCUAUGGCAUGAAGCAGAAGCUCAUCGGGGAGCAAACGAAAUCGGUAGUUGCAUUUUGGAUUUCUUUCAAAAGAUGUGUGAGAAUACAGAUACCGGAGAUGGAUUAAAAAUAAUAUUUUACUCAGAUAAUUGUGCUGGCCAAAACAAAAACCAGUUUGUCCUCGCUAGUUAUUUGUUUGCAAUAAAAUCAUUUAAUAUAAAAUCCAUUACCCAUAAGUUUAUGAUAACCGGACAUUCUCAAAAUGAAGGAGAUAGUAUUCAUGCGACUAUAGAUAGAGAAAUUAAAAGAUACAAAAAAUCAAAUUCAAUUUAUGCUCCCGACCAGUAUGCAUGUGUUAUACGCACAGCUAAAAAAACAGGCACCCCAUACGUUGUACAUGAAUUAUGCCAUCAAAAUGUAAAAGAUUUGAAAGCUUUAGUAUCUGAUUUGCAAAUUAAUUUUCCUAAAAAAUUUCGAUUUUCUGAUAUUAAAGUUUUCGAAUUAAAUAAGAAUAAUUUGGAAAUUUUAUCCUACAAGACCUCAUAUGAUGAAGAAUUUAAGCAAGUUCAAAUUACUAUUAAAAAUCGUAGAAGCCAAGAACCAAAGCAAAAUAUCAAUCUUCAGCCAGCUUACAAAACAAAAGUUGGUAUUUCAGAUACAAAAAAGAAUGACCUGAUAGAUCUAAUUAAAAAAAAAAGUGUGUGCCCUUGUAUUAUUUAG